CGAAUGCGUUGUGAAGAAGCCUCUUCGAUUCGCUCAGUGAUGAUUCUCACGAGAUGAAGAUAAAGUCGCUAACUAGGGCGCCGCCGCCCCCAGGCGAUGGUGCGGUGCGCCAAUCUCGAAAUCUUGAUCCAUCCCACCAUCCCUUCGAGCGGGCAAGAGAAUACACGAGAGCCCUAAACGCCGUCAAGAUGGAACGGAUGUUUGCUGCUCCAUUUAUUGGCCAGCUGGGUGUAGGCCAUGUCGACGGAGUGUACUCGAUGGCGAAAGAUCCAGGAUCCCUCGAGCGUUUCGCCAGCGGCAGCGGUGAUGGCGUAGUCAAAGUUUGGGACUUGACCAGUCGCGAAGAGGUAUGGCAGGCCAGAGCACAUGAGAACGUCGUCAGAGGCAUGUGUUGGACUCCAGAUCGAAAACUAUUGUCUUGUGCUACCGACAAAACCGUCAAAGUCUGGGAUCCUUACAACAGCGAGAAGGACAACACGCCUCUGACCACAUACCAUGGUCAAGGGGCUUUUACAGAUAUAACACACCACCGCGACCAUUCUUCUUUUGCCGCUUCAUCCAGUGCCAUCUCCAUCUACGAUCUUUCACGCCCUGCCUCCGGCCCCAGCCAGGUGUUGCGGUGGCCAACUUCUACCGACACUAUUACGGCUGUCUCGUUCAACCAGACUGAAACGUCGAUACUUGCUUCUGCUGCCCUUGAUAGAGCUCUUGUGCUCUACGAUCUCCGGACAUCCUCAUCCAUUUCAAAAGUUGUCCUCAGGCUGGCAUCGAAUGCCAUUUCUUGGAAUCCGAUGGAGGCGUUCAAUUUUGCUGCUGCAAAUGAAGAUCACAAUAUAUACAUUUUCGAUAUGCGGAAGAUGGACAGAGCUUUGAACGUACUGAAGGAUCACGUGGCUGCUGUUAUGGAUGUCGAAUUUAGUCCAACUGGUGAAGAGUUGGUCAGCGCUUCAUAUGAUCGGUCGAUUCGACUAUGGAACAGAGAUCGAGGGCAUUCAAGAGAUAUCUAUCACACCAAGCGAAUGCAACGAGUCUUCUCUGCAAGGUUCACUGCUGACAACAAUUAUGUCUUGUCGGGGUCAGACGAUGGCAAUAUCAGAUUAUGGCGAACAAAUGCCUCAAGUCGAUCUGGGAUCAAGUCAGCUAGGCAACGACAAAAGCUGGAGUACGACCAAGCCUUGAUCAAGCGUUACUCGCACAUGCCCGAAAUUCGACGUAUCAAGAGACAUCGGCACUUACCUAAGACGGUCAAGAAGGCUUCUGAGAUCAAAGGAGAAGAGAUCAAGUCGAUCAAGAGAACAGAGGAGAACGUUCGUAAGCAUAGCAAGAAAGGAAGCAUGCCUCGACAAAGUGAAAGGGAAAAGAUGAUCCUCGGUACUGAGAAGUGAAGCGAUCUCUAUAGCAUCUCGACAUGUGCCCUCUCACCGGUCGAAUCUUUGCAUAGCAGUGACCACGGCUCGUUAUUCACCACGAGAGAGCGCGGCACCUAGCAUGGCAACAGGAGCGCCUUCGAAGCAUUUUCGAUGGGCAACUAUGAUUACCCUUUGGGAACGAUGUCCCGACAACAUUAUCAACUCCGCGGUCGUUUUGUUCACCUGAAAGACGUCGUGUUGUUUUCGUUGUGAGAUACUUGUCAUGACUCCAAGAUGGCGUUUCAAACGUCUUUAGCCACUGGAUUGCAUCUUGGACCACGGAACAUAGCCUCACUGGAUGGAAUCAUGGGGUUUACGAGGCAAGAGAAGGCUGAGGUUCUCUGUAUGGAUCGGAUGAAUUACAACAAGUCGUCUAAAGGACUGACUAUCAACCACUCACAAUCUGAUACGUGUGCAUACUCGUGAACGUGCUCGAAGCGACCUACGAGGGCUUCAGAGUACAAUUAUUGGACGGACAGCGAGUUUCUACGAUAAAUUCUAUACGAUCCAAUCUUUUGCUUGUCAUAUCUUGGAAGCGUGGCUUCCGUUGUCGACAUUGGUCCACCCCUUGACUUUUUGCAAGUCCAUCACUUUUCCAUCGGCCCCAAAUCGAUCCUGCGUAUCGCGCCAGUCUCUGCCGACGGCAGUCUCCGGCCUCCAUCUGAAAGCUUUCUUCAGUCGGGACUCCAUACGACCUUCUAGAGAGUUGACAACCUGGAUGCCUACGGCUGGCAUUGUCAUGAAUCCCAUGCCACUUCCCCCGACGGCCACCACAAGCCUCGAGUAUUUCGGGUGCUGAUCGAUGAGGAAGACUCGAUCUGGAGUAUCCGAAUCCCAGCACACUCUCGCGAAGGUGAAGGGACGAUCUGCAAUUUGGGGCACUGUCUCACGCAGGAAUUGGCGUGCACGAGCUUCAGCGUCAAUGGGGAUCUGUUGCCGAGAAAGAGGGACAGAACGCUCAGCAUCGAUGGACUGGUCAUGGAUGAAGUUGCAGUAUCCAGGGUGUUCGUCAACGAAUUUGAGUUCGCCCGUCCCUGUCGUCGGUUCCUGAGAACGAUGAACAUUAGUAUCUACAGCUAAUUGUGUGUGUACUCCUCCACCGUGAGACAGAAAAAAAAUAGUUACGUCGAAAGAUAAACUUUGUCACACCUUAAACACGAGUGGAAACUAUGUUACGCUCGCACAAGAGGGUAGCGGAAGGAAGAAUAGGACGGGGCAGAUAAAGGGGAGGGCUCUUUGAAAAUGAGAAUGACAUUACAUACCAUGAAGAAUCCACGCUCGACGUUGAACAGAACAGGUAGAUCUUU